AUGCGCUUGGACCUUUACUUGCCCAGCGGACGACAAGUGCCCGUGACCACCAGCGAAGAGACUUUGCUUUAUGAGCUCAAGGAAAUUGCCCAGCAACGAUUUGGCAUUGCCAUCCAAAGUUUGGUCUCCGCAGAUGGACACCUGCUGGAGGGAGCGCGGACCUUGCGGGAUGCGGCGUUGCAGGAUGGCGAUGCUGUGACGGUUGUUGCACAAGCAGCACGGAUUGUCUCCAACAGAGGCUCCUCCGCAUUUGCACUGAUUCGAGAUGAUGCCACUGUGCUGACUUGGGGUGAACCUAGCCGUGGCGGCGACAGCAGCAGUGUUGAAGACCAGCUAGUCAAUGUGCAGCAGGUCCGAUCUUCCUGGUGUUCUUUUGCGGCCAUCCGGACGGAUGGUUCAGUUGUUACCUGGGGAGAUCCAAAGUUUGGAGGCGACAGCAGCAUGGUCCAAGAUCAGUUGGUGCGAGUGCAGCAGAUCGAGGCAUCACGCCGGGCAUUUGCUGCUCUAUUGGCAGAUGGAUCAGUGGUGACUUGGGGAGAUCCUGACACCGGAGGUGACAGCAGUGAUAUCCAAGAGGAACUGAAGGGAGUUCGUCAAAUCGAAGCAUCCUAUGGUGCUUUUGCAGCGAUCUUAGCGGAUGGAUCUGUCGUCACCUGGGGCGACAUCGAUGCAGGUGGAGACUGUUCAAAAGCCCAACAGCAGUUGAAACAGGUUCGACAGCUUCGAGCAUCUCAUGGCUCCUUCGCAGCGAUUUUGUCAGAUGGCCGUGUGGUUUGUUGGGGAAAUCCUGACAUCGAUAGUGAAAGCUGCCAAGUGCCUGAAGGCCUAUGUGAUGUGAAGGAGAUCCAUGCAUCCGGACAUGCAUUCGCAGCCAUGCUGGCAGAUGGAUCGGUAGUGACCUGGGGGGAUGCUGACUUUGGAGGUGAUAGCAGCAUGGUCAAGGACCAGUUGAAAGAUGUGCAGCAGAUCCAAUCUUCGCGGAGGGCUUUUGCUGCGUUACGACAAAAUGGUUCAGUUGUUACCUGGGGCGAUCUCGCCGACGUGAUGCCGGACAAUCGCAUCAAUGGUUUGGUUGGGGUGUGCGAACUGUGUGCCACCAGCGGCGCGUUCGCCGCGAAAUUGGUGGAUGGCACUGUCGUGACUUGGGGGUACAAGUACGUGGGCGGCGAUUGUCAGGAGGUUUCGAGCCGGCUUCGCAACGUUCACCAACUCUCCGGCUCCAAUGGAGCCUUUGCAGCGCUCCUCGAAGAUGGUCAAAUUGUGACCUGGGGCAGCCCCUACGCUGGCGGAGAUUCCAGUGGCCUACAGGACAUGGUGGUCACUCAAAAUGUGGAUGGUUUCCAUCAAGCUUCAGGGAGCCGCAAUGUGCUGGAGCUCCACGGUAGUGAAGUCCACGCGAUCUGCCUCAACAGGGAAUGUGGAAAGCGCAUGGAGAUGGAGCAGCUCUUUGUGGGUGAGGUCGACGAGUUUUGGUCACCUGAAGCCAAGGGUUGGGGCAUUCGAUGGCCGGAGGGUGAUCAAGACUCUGACCUUCAGAAAGCAGUCCGAGCGCAGCUGCAAACAUUGAUCCAGGGGAAGAAGGAUGAGAAAGCCGACAAGUCUGACGACUCAUCUAGCGAAUCGACCAGUAGCAGCGAUUCGACUAGCUCCAGCGCUGGGCCAAACCAGAAGCGCAGGAAUGCUGCUAAGACGCCCAAGCCUCUAACUGAGGAGGAGAUAGCUGAUGGACCUCCUUCUGGGCGAGUGCCCAUUUGUCCCAGCUGCAAAAUUGGCAUCUUGAAGCCAGAUGGAGUCUACUUUGGUGAGUCGCUUGACAAGCGGAUCUUGAAGAGAGCCAUUAUGCAAAGUCUCAACUCGAAAGUGGUGAUGAUGGUGGGAACCCGUGGUGAGGUUGACCCAGCUGCGAAGCUACCGAUCAUCGCCAAACGUGAAAACGAUGCCAAGAUCAUCGAGGUCAACAUUGGAUCGACGAGACUUUCCAAGCAUGCCGACAUUGUGCUGAGAGGUGCUGCUGGCGAGAUCUUGCCUAAGCUUUGGAAGUUGGUCAUGGAGCAUCCACGACGGGCCGAAUUUCAAAAGCAGCGGGAGCGAUCGGUGAAGCUUGUGAAGAAGGUUGCGCUGAACGAGGUCUGGGCCACCAGUAUCGAAAAAAUCGCCUCUGACGAAGGUUAG